CAGAUUUAUGCUCGAUGGUGGUUUAUUUUAAAGCCACGGACAAAGUAGCACUAGAGCUUGGUUAAAAAGAAUUUGCCGAAUUUGACCCUGCUAUUUGAACUAUCCCCUCUUUUAUUAUAAAAGGGCCAUGCACAAUCCUGCCAGCCUUUAAACACAUGACGUGUAAUGUUCCCAGUGUCACGUAUCGUACAAUCACACACACCAACAGACCCAGCUCUAAAAUAGCCGUCGCAGAACAGCAAGAACUCUCCACACACAGCUCUUUGUAACAAACAACCUGCCACACCAUGGCCAUUGUCCCCAAGGUGAUGGGUGGGAUGCGUGACAUGGGCGCUACCUCGUGCCAGCUUAUAACUGAUGAAGCCGGACCUCUAGGGGGCUCUGAUGACACGGUGUAUGAGAGAGGACAUUAUAUAUUCGGUAAAGCGGAUGGGUCAGAGUUAGCUGUCGGCAAAUAUGUUGUCAUCUGGAAAAAGACAAGCGAAGGUUAUAAAAUGCACAUUGACAUUUUCAACGACAACACGGCUUAAUUGUGGUCAAUCCUAUGGUUGUCCAAACUUAUCGGCGAGUGGAUCUAAAUGCGAAUGUGAAACACAACGGACCCUUACUGCUCCCAAAAUUAUGUAGGGCCAAAAUUGUCAACUAUACGCUUUGUGUAGUUGACAAAAUUUGAAUUAAAGGAUAACAAACAAAUUAUUACAAAUCCAGUGCAACUCUUUUAAUGUAUAAUACAUUGCCUGUGAUCUUUAUGUGAAAUGGGACAAGCUAGCGAAUACUCACAACUAAAAUCAAUUGUUUCGAACACAAACUAAUGUGAGUUUGCAUUACAAAGUUAUUGAUCGUUUUUACGAAAUGAAUUCCAUGGUACCGUAUAGGCUUCAAACAAAAGAAACGAUGUUUUCUUAUAGGUAGAACAAAGAACAUCGUAUAGAACGGGAUUGAACCAAUGACCUCCGGAUUAAUGUGCAGGUGUUCUGGACAAAUCUGUCCCCGGAUAUUCUGUCAUAGGAAAGUUUUGGAGGAGGAGGAUUCAAACGAGGGCGCUUUCAGGAGAAUUUUGUACACAGUUUGCCAUAUCUGUGGGGGGGGG